AUGCGUGCAAUGGCCCUGUCUAUGGGACUCUCAAGAAGGGCCUUCUCGUGCACCGUCUGCUCUUGCCGGCGGCACCUGAGCACCUCUCGUCCAUACCUCGCUGGCAAGCCUCCGGCACCGGCACCGGCCCCGGGCGCCGCUCCUGUAGAAACGGCGAAGCCCGAUCUCCCAGGGUCGGCCAUCCACGCCCCGCGAGCUUACGGAAAGAAGAUCAAGAACUUCACGCCCCAGCCUCUACCACGGCCCAUCGGCAUGGCGCACCCACCGCACCCGGAAGACAACUCAGGCGUCGAUAGGAGGUCGCUGAAACAGCGGAGGGACGACUUUGUCGACUACGACAAGCACCUCGUGCGCCGUAAGGAGCUGAAAGAAAAGAUGGCCCGCCCCUACUUUCGCGACUGGCGCAACAUGCAGUUUCACGAGGGCAAGUCCUUCAUCGCGCCCCCUCUGCCCUUCAAGGCCGACAUGUCGCUCUUCUUCCCCAACUUUGUCGGCGACACGCUUGAGAAGAGCGCCAACAACCCGCGCGACACGACGCGUGCGCUGGUCGGAAAGUUGUCCGUUGUCGCCGUGUACAGCAGCCAGUGGGCCGACAACCAGGCAAAGACCUUCAUUUCGCCCGAGGCGAACCCGGCGCUGCACGAGCUCCUAGCCAAGUCCCCGGGCAAGACGCAAAUUGUGCAGCUCAACAUUGAGGACAACAAGUUCAAGGCGUGGAUUGUCAGGCUCUUCAUGGGUAAUCUCCGCAAGCAGAUCCCGGAGCACCAAUGGGGCAAGUACUUCCUCGUGCCCCGCGGCAUCACCAACGAGAUCAGCGAGUCCAUCGGCUACCUCAACAGCAAGGUCGGCUACGUUUACCUCGUCGACAACCUAUGCAGGGUACGCUGGGCCGCCAGCGGUCCCGCCCGCCCGGAAGAGCGGGACAGCUUGGUGAAGGGUAUGAAACUGGUUCUUCACGAGUGGAACAAGGUCGAAAAGGCGGCGCUAGAGGCCGCCAAAGCCGCCCAGGUCGAAGAGGUAGCGGGCGAGAAGGAGAAGUCGUAG